AGAACAGCGAUCGUAUACUGAGAAUAACAAUGACUAAACCCUCGAGAAAGGUCUCUUUCGAAUGCUGGUCGAUAACGAGUUCAAAGACCUCCGUCGCUUCAAAGUAUUCACCUAAGAUCAUAGUUCCCAACACAAAAACUAUACAUGCCCUCAAGGUCAUUCAAAAGUCCAUUUUCAUUCUCACUUUGGGCACGCUUAUCCUUUUGCUGCUCAUUCAAACUGGUCGAUGCCUUUGGAGAUACUUGGAGGUCCCCACUUAUUUUGCUUCUCGAGUUUUGCCGCAAAGCGACGCCGACUUCCCAGCCAUCACUAUUUGCCCCGACGUCAAUGAUGGGUACAAGGAACUGUUCCUUCAGACCCAUGGAAUCGAAAGCGUGAAAAAGUAUAAUUAUAAGCGAGAUCUCGUGUGGAGCAGCAACCAAAGUGGGAUCACGCCCCGAGAGCUCUUUGACCAAGCCACUUUGGAUCUGGACGAACUCAUCUACUAUUUCAACAUUCGCACUUUCGGACCGAAUCACCAAGGCAACGUGGCCCAAAAGCUGAACCGGACGGAUAAUUCGAUCGUGACGCAAUACCACCGCAAGUUUGGCCGAUGCUUUACGUGGUAUCCCAGUAAUGAGGUCAAGUCCUUGGGGAUCUACUACAUCACCAUUCGCUCCAGAAGAUUUUUCGCCAAGGCCUACUUGCACAAAAUGAAUCAGUUCUUGGACUUCAAUGGUCGCAUGGGUUACACCUUUCGACCUAAUGAGGCUCACUACUAUCAAGUGGCCUACGAGGACAUCAGAACUUUGCCCCAACCCAAAUCGGAUCACGUCCAUGGCGAGACCUGCACACGCCAGAUCUAUGACCGAUGCAUCUAUUCUACCUUGGAGCGGGUCAUGCUGAACUCCUCGGGCUGCGUGGUACCCUUUCUGCCCAGCCAGGCAGAAAUAUGUACCUCCCAACCGGGUAUCAACACGACGUUUUGGAUAGCGUGGAAUCGUGUUACUAAUCAGCUGAAUGAUUGCAAUGUCCCGUGUGAGGUCCUGUCGGUCAGCUUAAGCGGGAAGAACAUGAAGACGCGCAGCGAUGGACUCGGUCAGAUCACGCUCUACUUUCAACCCCGGGUGAUGCGCAGUGAGGAACACCAUCUCUACACGGUGUUGUCGCUAUUGGCCGAGAUCGGGGGCUACGUUGGACUACUGCUCGGCUAUUCAUUAUUACACGCCGCCAGCUCGAUCAGCUCGUUCCUCGAGACCAAAAUCAAAAUUAUGGAACAACAGCUAGUCCAAUGAAUGUCAAAUCGUCCUGUUGCUAGGGGUUUUUUGAACAAAUUCAUGACCGUAUCUGACAACUCUGUCAAAAUAAAAGCAUCUCAUUUCA